AUGACUGAAGCCAAUAGUAAUAGAAACAGAUCAAAGCAUGCUAGAUCUCACUAUGGUCGAGAAGAACUGAGAACUGUAAGGAGUGUCAAGAGACGAACUGGAGGCAAAAACAAUUAUUCAAAGUUUACUCCAAUGGAUAAUAACGAAUCUAUAGUUGAGGAAAGCGAAGAUGAGGGCGAAGAGGAAGACGACGAACAGGAGGAUCCACAACCUAGUUCAAUGGCCUAUGAUGCACUUUUAACACUUUUGGACGAUGAAUCUGAUCAUGAACAAUUUCACGCUGAGAAAGAAAAGGCCCUGAAAAAGUUAGAGGAGGAACAAGAGAGAGAGGAAGAGGAGCUUCAAGAGGAAGACGAAGACGAAGACGAGGAGGAUGAGGAAAUAAAUUUGGAAGAUUUUGAGUCAGAUGAUGAGUCGCAUGAUGAUCCUUUUCAUUUCCAUUUUAACGAAGAGGAAAGCAUUGAUCGCAUGAUCAAUGAGUACGAAUCAUCUGGCCUGAAAGUCAAAAUGGAUAGGAAAGUCAAUCAUAACGGAUACAACAUUUUGGAAUAUCUGCCAAGCACGUCCAGAUGCCUUAAUGAAGUCAAAACACUUGACAAGCUGCGAAUCAAAAAAAAACUUAGAGACCAGUUCUCAUCUCUUGACUUCAAAGACGAAUUAGAUAAAAAGUUGACCCUAGACAUAUUCAACUACAAGAACAUAAAUUAUCAAUACUAUACAAGAGAAACAGAUUAUCAAAGUUUGUACCUGUUGCAUGCUUUGAACCACCUUCUAAAGACAAGGGAUAGAAUUUUCGAUCACAAUAACAAGAUCUCUGCUGAUCCUAAUUUGGAGUUUAAAGAUCAGGGUUACACUCGGCCCAAAAUCUUGAUUCUUCUUCCUACGAGGAACUUUUGCUUCAACUUAAUGAACAAGUUAAUCAAACUGGCUGAUAUAAAGACAGUGGAGAACAAGAAGCGUUUCAACACCCAAUUCUAUAGUGAUUUCAAGAUUGAGACUUUGAACGGUAAUAAACCCAAAGAUUUCAAUGAAUUUUUUAGGGGAAACUCUUCGGAUUUCUUCACUCUUGGUGUUAAAUUCACAAGAAAAAGUAUGAAGAUCUACUCCAUGUUGAAGCAGUCCGAUAUCAUCUUUGCUUCCCCUUUGGGAUUGAAAAUGCUAUUGGAUAAGGAAAAGAAUGACUACUUAUCGUCAAUUGAGGUAACCAUUCUUGACAAGGCUGAUGGAUUACUGAUGCAAAACUGGGACCAUGUCAAGCAAAUUUUCACUAAGAGCCUGAUUCAGGCACCGAAAAAUUUUGAAGAAUUGAACUGUGAUUUUAGUAGAAUUAGGAUGUGGUGUAUUAAUGACCAGGCAAAAUACGUCCAUCAAGUGCUAUCAUUCAGCAAAUAUACUACUCCAGAGCUGAACAAUAUCGUUAAAGCACCCAAUUUGCAAGGGUAUGCUCUUUAUAAACCAAUCAUUGACGAUACAAACAAUGUUAUGAAUCAGCUGAACUACCAAUUGUUUCAAUCAAGAAUCAUCAACAAAAAUAUCAGGUUAAAUCACAUGUUUAUGAGAUUCCCUAGUUCAUCUCCCAUGGAAUCACCAAAGAAAAGACUUAAUUUCUUCACCAAGGUGAUUCUGCCAAACGUGUUGACCAAGUCUCCAUAUACUUCAGGUACUUUGGUGUACAUAUCCUCUUAUUUGGAUUACAUCCAAGUGAAAAAACAUUUAAGUGAAUCACGAUCCGAAUUCUUAGCAGUCGAUGAAUACACCUCCCUCAGCGCAUCUUCUAAGAAUAGGUCAUUGUUUGAAAAGGGGAAAUACCCCAUUAUGUUGUACACUGAGCGAAUGCACUUUUACAAAAGGUACAACUUAAACGGUGUCAGAAACGUUGUUUUCUACAACCUUCCUACGGACCCAGAUUUCUACGCUCAAGUAGUCAGACAAAUAGUCCGAAACAAACUAAAAGAUGAAGAAUUAGACCUCAAUUUGUGUUCUAUUAAGGUUAUGUUUGACCGAUUUGAUACCUUGAAACUGGAAAAGAUUGUCGGUCUAAAGAGAGCCAGCCUGUUGGUGAAUGCAGAGCAGGAAGUGUUCGAGUUUAAAUAG